AUGUCUUCGCAAUCAUCAUCUACUCAACGUUCGUCUAGCACCAGUGCUGCUCAAAAAACACGUGAACGACGAAAGUCAAAAUCACGCAGACGCUGCUGGUUUGGAUGUCUUUGGCUGUCGUCUAGGGUCAGCCUUAUUCGAUCGUCAAGUCGAUUUUCGAGAAGCCCUGAACCGGAUGAGAGCCUUACGGCAAUUGAUAAAGUGAUGGCGAUCAUCAACGAAAAACCUCUUAAACUGGCACAUGUUCUUCGAGCCGCGAGAUUUGUGAAUGAUAUCAGUUUCGUUGAACGUAAACAAUUCGUCGAAUGCGGAGUGAUACAUCAUCUUCUCGAACUCAUUGGGGAAACUGCCAUUUCCGAUUUCUCCUCAUCAUCAAGAAGUUCGGAUGAGAAUAAACGACGAGCACGGCGGAACUCUUCGGCUUCCUUAAGCCACAAGGGAACCGGAUACGGUACAGGGUCAACAAGAUCCAGAUGGGAUAUUGAGAGAACGGUUGAGGAAAAACUGAUUCGUGAGGAACAUCUCACUUGGUUACUCAGUAUAUUAAACUCAUUUAUGUUGGGAUGGCCAGUAACUGAUAAUUUAAAAAUCAAAUCCGAAGAGUUGGUUCACAUGACAGACAAUGCUGUUCAACUAAUUUCUGACUCAUCGGUUCUCAGUAUUCUGGAGUACAAUCUCAGAAAUGAUAGCUUUUUUGACGUCAGUGAGCACAUUGAGAUCUAUCAGGCACUGCUCGAGACUGCUGCAAGUAUGGCUGCAACUCCAGGAUUAGUCCAAUAUCUUGUCCGACCAUACACUCCGAAUGCAAAAUCUAUUGCAAAGGAAUUGAUUCCCCGAUUCAAGGAGAAUAUUCUUGCUAUCCAGGCGCGAUGGGGUGGCACUUUGGAAGAAACCAACUUCCGUAUGGCAGAGUUUGCCACAAAAAUCACUUUACUCUCUGACUUCGUCAUCGACGCGGCGCGUGCUUAUGAACAGACACUCCCACCAGAGCAACGCAUUCAAACAGCCACACAUCGUCGCCCGUCACACGCAGGAGUCCACUCAAAAAUGCAGGACCCAAAGGAUGAAGAGACCAUCUAUAAGAACAAAAUGCAGGAGCUCCAAUUACAAACAGCCAAAUUCAUUGGGGAUUUCGGAAAAUUGUGUGUUCCUUAUGUGUUCAAAAAGGAAGCAAAAAAUAUCAAUCCAUUCAGCCCUCAUCUUCGUGAUAGAACAAAACGUAUCGCUAAGGAGUUGGCAUCGAUUGCAAAUGCAUUACCAUUAAACGCCAGCAACAGUAUCUAUGUGUGUUAUGAUGAAGGACGUGUUGAUAUAAUCAAAGUUUUGAUCUCGGGGCCUGAUGAUACCCCAUAUGCUAACGGGCUUUUUGAGUUUGAUAUAUUCUUCCCUACUGGUUAUCCAUUCUCUCCUCCAAAAUGCGCUUUCCUUACAACUGGAUCUGGAAAUGUGCGAUUCAACCCAAAUCUUUACAAUGAUGGAAAAAUUUGCUUGUCUAUUCUCGGAACGUGGGAAGGGCGACCAGAAGAAAAAUGGAAUCCGUACUGCUCUCUGAUGCAGGUUUUAGUCAGCAUCCAGGGAUUGAUAUUUGUGAAAGAUCCAUAUUUCAACGAACCGGGAUUCGAAAGAUAUCAAGGGACUGAGCGGGGUGAUGAGUACUCUCGGAAAUACAACCUACAAAUUGAGCAUGCAACUUUGAACUAUGCGAUUAGGGAGCAAUUGAGAAAACCUUCCGAUCACUUCAAGGAGGUUAUUGAAAAGCACUUGUGGUUGAAGAGAGAAGCCAUACUCAAGCAAGCUCGUGCAUGGAUUGACAAUAUGAGAAAUGAUUUUGGAGAUGAUAAAUUGAGCAAACGGAAAGACGUGUUCGCAUUUGAAGCUGGAUUCAACCCAGCGACACAGGAACGGCUUAUCCAAAAUUUGAUUGUUGAGUUGCAAGAAAUGACCUCUCCAUUUGCAAAGGAAGAAGCCGAAGAAGCGGAAAAAUUGAAGAAAGAGCAGUUGGAGAAAGAGGAGAAACGGCUGAAAGAGGCUGCAGCUCUAGCUGAACUUGAACGUGAAACUCGUGAGCUUGAACUGGAUUUCCAGCGACGUAGAUCGAGUUCUGCGUUGACACAUGGGUCUGUAAUCCGGACGCAACCACUUGGCGACUUUGUUGCUUCAACAACAGACGGACCAUCCACAUCUUCUGGUUAA